AUACGGGCGCUGCCCACUGGCUCGUCGUCCUCAAUCACCACAAUCGAGACUGCCCUGUCAGCAUUGCGCCUUUCUUCGCCAGCCGUCACCAACACCAGCAUCGCCGUACGAUAUGCCUCGCACAAAGCCCAGGGAGCUGCCAACUCUGCAAAGGACGGUGCAGGAAAGAGAUUGGGGGCUAAGAAGAGUGGAGAACAAUACGUGAUCCCCGGCAACAUCAUCUUCCGCCAACGCGGCACGAAAUGGUUCCCAGGCGACAACUGCGCCAUGGGUCGCGACCACACAAUCUACGCCACCCAACCGGGCUACGUGAAAUACUACAAAGACCCCUUGAAGCACCCGAAACGCCAAUACAUCGGUGUCGUGUUCGAGCGCGCUCAAGUGCUUCCUCAACCACCUCAUGCGGUCCGCCGUAGACGUCUAGGCAUGCUAGCCCACCUCAUGCCCGAGACCGAAGUCGCCGCCGUACAGGGCGAUCUCAUCACAGGCGCCGAAACAGGGUUGCCAGGAAACGCAGAAAUGGGUGAAGGUAAACCAUCGACUAUCCGCCAACGCCCUGCAGAGCAGAGAGGAAAAUUGGUCGUCAAGGAUAGAAAAACAGGAGAGGUUGUCAGAGCGACACCGACAUUGCGACCGGGAUACCAGUACAGAGCGGCGAAUUGGGAGAUUGGAAGAGCUGCCGAGAGAGCUGGUGUGCAGGUUCAAGCGUUCAAGCCCGGAAACAGAUUUUUGGCUUGGAGAAAGAGUGCUGUGAGGAAGGCUAAGAAUGCCGAGAGGAGGGGAUUG